AUGUGGGCAAAGAGGAACAAAGGCCGCGGUGACCACGGCGUCGGCGGCCCUUCUAUCGACCGUUCUGUGCUGGAGACGUCCUCGCAAGUUUCACUUGCGCUCAAGAACGUCUCCAAAGACCUGCCAGCCUUGCCAAGUGAAACCCCUGAAACUUCUCCUGAAGCUGGCCCUGCGCCCCUCGCCUCCCAGAUUCACGCCUACCAGGACUAUUCUCAGUAUGCCGAAGACGAUCCAGGCAUUUCCCCUCCCGACUCGCCCGUCGACGUGACUGGAACACGCCCGUACUCGAGUCAUGAUGUUUCCCCAAUUGAAAAUGACGUCGGCCACUUUUUCCCCGCCAAGAAGCCGAGUCAGAUCCCUGUGCCUCGCAGAUACAGCCAGGGCAACACGCUCGAUGAGAGUGGUCGUGAAUCACCGGCCGAGCUGAAACCAAUCAUAUACAAGGAAAGCACCCAGCAAGUAACCGUCGGUAGCCCUGCUCUGCCCCAUUCGGUCAAGCCAAAGUCGAAACAACACCAGCAUGCGGCAAGCCUGCUUCAGUCGGGAAGAGAGAAGCUCCAGAUCUUUUCCAAGACGUGGGAUCAGAAACAGCAACCCGGUCAGCAACCCGGUCAGCGGCCGCGUGAACAAUGGAAGGGAGCUAGUGGACGUACUCCUUUGAUGGGCCCCAUCGAAACAAAUAAGAAAGCCCCGUCUCGUUCUAACUCGCCCCAUGUGGGCCAUGAUUUUGUCGAUUACGGUCCAAACACAUACACAGUAACUACCAUCACUGCAGGCAACUCCUCAGAUGAGAAGCCUCGCAAGAAAUCACGCCACCCGAAAACAAAACGCCAAUCUCGGGAUCUCUUCUCAAGCAAAUCAAGUCUCGCUCUGCCUAUUAGCGGUGAGGGAUCCGAUACUCCUGAUAAAGUCAAAGAAGACGGUGUUCAGACUCCUACAGUCGACAAGCUGACACCCCUCGAAAAUACAACCGACUUUUCGACUGUGUUUCAGAAGCUGGAUCUCAUCAAUGAGCCGCAGAGUCGUUUUAGUGCUUCAACCUAUGACCCAACCGAACUUGCCACUACUCCUCCAGGCAGUGCUGGUUCUGACAGUCCGCCUGGAGCAAAUCUUCCUCCAUCGCCCAUCAUGACAAGGCGCCGACCGGUCCCCGGCUAUGCAACUUCAAUCAAGAGCACCAAGAGAAAGCCAGUCGGAGCAGAUACGCCACCUCCUGACAUCGAUCUCAAGGAUUUGUCGCCCCAAGACCGCGCGCAAUACCGUAUAAGCAGCUUACGGACCCGAAGCAGCGAGCUUUCAAAACGCAAGACAAGUGUCAAGACCAUGCUGCAUGAACUAACCCAGGUGAUCCAGCCGAGCUCGAUUGCGUACGACAUGGCCACCCGUGACGAAGUGAAAAAGUCUGUCACGUCGCUAAACAACGAGCUUGCCGAGAUCACCAAGGAAGAGCAUGACCUAGGCGUAAAGCUGAGCCGUGCUUAUAGAAAGCUCGACAGUGCGGACUUUUACGAGCACAGCAGUUUGUGGGUGAAGAGCAUCGAUCGGUAA